GGGCUGCACAGUGGACAAAACAAAGAAAACUUUAUUGUUUGCUCUCAUUGCAUUGUCGUCGUCAUCAUCGUCGUCGCCGUCGUUGUCACCGUUGUGAUUCGCGGUCGCGGAACCCGCGGGCGAGAGAGCGCUUAAACGGCUUGAAAUCAAUUUUUGUGGUCGAUUCGUCGUCGCACGCACGGAGACAUUUCGCCUUUCUUCUGCUCGCUGUACUGGGUUUUCCACCGUGCCGAGCUUUCUUCGUUUGUUCAUGUGGAAAAAUUGCUCCGAUCCAGUUCUUGGACCUCGGGCGUCGCGCGCUGCCUAGAGGGCCCUCGCCGGGGCCGCACUUAAUAAAAUUAUGCCCUAUCUGUAUAAAUUGUUCGCAACAGAUCUCCCGCUGCUUCAGUAGCGAACAGGCAAUAAACAGUUCCGGACCCGGGGUGUUCUUCCGCUUGGGUCUGCUUCCACACAGUUCAGAAUCGACCGUUGGGGGAUUGAGAGGCGAGAAUGUCGAAAAUGGAAAAAUCAAGUGCUCGGUCGGCGAUGCUGGUGCUGAUGGCGGUGAUGGUGAUAGCGCUGGCUCUUCCAGUGGAAUCGAAGGAUGUGUUUAAGGACUGUAGUGGAGUGAAGAACUCGAUGUACUGCUUCGGGUCGAUGAUGGUUCAAAAUGGACUUAAGCGGUUGGCCAGUGAAAAAUCUCUGCAAAUUGCACCGGGACUUGAGGUUGUGGAGACUGCGUCUCAAGAAAGUGCCGAUGAGGGUUACCGAUCGUUCAACGAGGUUAAAGAAGAAGAUACGGGAGUGUUGGCACGGGUCAGCCGGUAUUUGGCCAAUCAUGAACUCAAGAUCAAUCUCAGCGAAAUGAUGAGGAAAAAUGAACUUCAGAAUGUGCUGAAAACCAUCCAGGAUGAUAUGGUGGGCGAAAUGCAAGAAGCUCGCAAAAAGGAUAAGGGUGGCAUGGGAGCCAUUCUGAUGAUGGGAGUGAUGAUGAGCAAAAUGCUGGGAGCGCUCGGCUUCGGAGGUGUGGCGAUGCUGGCAAUGAAGGCGCUCGGUGUGUCGAUGAUGGCUCUGCUGCUGUCUGGUAUUCUGGGACUGAAGAAGCUGACCGAGGGCGGUGGAGACCACAAGGGCCGCCACAACCAGGACGUCGAUUUCCAAGUGUUCUCCGGGGAUCCCUCGGGAAACUAUGAGAGCCAUCAGGAUGGAUCCGGGCACCGUCGGAUUUCAAAUUUGGCCUACCGGGGGUGGAGCGACGAAUAUCAACGGGUAUGAAAAGUUGAGAGUAAGCGCUGAAUCGGUGCACGAUAGUAUUGAGAGUUAAUGUGAGAACUGAUAAUUUAUUGACACUUUGUUAUUUAUUUUAGAAUUAUUUUGGCAGUAUAAUUUAUGA